AAUUCCCUGCAUUCUCGUUUUCUCUUCUCUCAGAAGACUCAGCUUUUUUUUUUUCUUCUGACUUCGCUUCGAAUUCGGCUCCUCGGGGUUUGGAUCCGUGGAGAUCUUCAUGAAAUCCAGCUUGUGCCUCUUGGAAUCCUGUGUUUUUGAGUGUUGGUGCUUUCAAUUUGAAUGAAAUUUUAGGGUUUUUUCAGCUUGAAUCGGGUGGGUUGCGGGUGAAUUUGGGGUUCUGGUGCUGUUGCUCGCUUUGCAAGCUUGGGCAGCUGAAAGGCGGAAGUUUGGUGCUGAUUGGAGAUGUGGGAAGUGCUAGGGUUUGGAAAAAAUUGAAUCUUGGAGUGGUUUGAUUGAUUUGGGAGCUGGAGGUUUAUGAUGGUCUGGGUGUAUUUGUAGGGUUUUUUUGGGAGCUUUGAGGAGAAAUAUGUUUUAUUCUCAGUUUAUUUUGGCUAAAAAGGGGCCUCUUGGGACGAUAUGGAUUGCGGCUCAUUUGGAGAGGAAGCUCAGGAAAAAUCAGGUUGCUGAUACUGACAUCGGUGUUUCUGUAGACUCAAUUCUUUUCCCUGAGGCGCCAAUCGCUCUUCGGUUGUCAAGCCAUCUUCUUCUUGGUGUUGUAAGGAUAUAUUCCCGAAAGGUGAACUAUCUUUUUCAUGAUUGCAGUGAGGCUUUACUCAAGAUAAAACAAGCGUUUAGGUCAACUGCUGUUGAUCUUCCCCCAGAAGAAUCAACUGCGCCUUACCACUCUAUCACUCUGCCAGAGACUUUUCAUCUUGAUGAUUUUGAGUUACCUGAUAGUGCCUUCCUUCAUGGUAACUCUGUAGAUCACCAUGUGAGUACUAGAGAGCAGAUUACACUUCAGGAUACAAGAGAUGGCUUGGAUUAUUCAAGAUCACAGUUUGGAUUGGAUGAGAGGUUUGGUGAUGGAGAUGCUUCUCAAAUUGCCUUAGACCUUGACGAGGACUUGUUCUUGGACAAAGUUUCCUCAUCACAGCAUACUCCAGUUCCAUUUGAUGCAGAAGAUGGCAUGCAGCAUAGCAUCAUGCUUGGCAAUAUGGAUAUCGCUGAAGGACAAAUUUUAUAUGGGAAUGCUAAUGUUGCAACUCCAAAGGAUUUAUCUGAAUUUCCUUCUAGUGACCUUUACAAACAUGAUCAUUUGGAUGCAGCUAGUAUUGAGAAAAAUGAAGACACUUCUGGUGAGCAUGGACACAACAUACAAACUCCUGACCAGAAUGAAAUGAAUUUUCCUGAUGAUCAUAUAGAUGGUCCAUCAUCGACUACUGGACAUAUUUCUGGUGUUUCUGCUCAUUCUGAUGUUCAUUCCCCAGAGUUAAUUGAAUGUGCUCAGGCUCCAUCAACUCCUAGCUUGAUUGGAGAAGCAAUUCCAGCCAAUAUUCAGGAAAUUCCUCCUUUGAGUUCUCAGGAGAAAAAUUCACGAGCUAACUAUCUGGAUGCUGAGACCAGUGGAAGUCCUCUGCAUUCAGAAAUUGAUUGUCCUGAGGGAGCAGAUAACAAUUCACUUGUCGAUCCAACACCAGUAGCUUCAGAAUUGGCAGAAAUUGUGUUAGGGGCGUCUCCACCUCCUUUUGCUGACCUGAAGUCUGCUCCUUGUGAGCCACAACAUUCAGGUGGCAUUGCAGCUGAACCUGAUGAGGUUGGUGUGGAAGGUGGAAAGAGUUGUGCUGAUGAAUUUCAGAAGGAAUUUGUGUCCGGUAAAGCAGAUAGUCUACCAGACUUUGAACAACUGCAUGAUAAUGAAGAUACCAUACUCUCAGAAACAGUCACAAUUAAGAACUCUGCAUCAGCUGCAGCUUCUGGUGUCAAUGUUACUUCUCAUGACGAGACAAAUCUCAGUAAUCAGAGUCUUGUUCAAGAUGCAGACACUGCUCAGCAUCCUCAGGGGACAUGCAAUUCAACUUCAAAUUGCUUGCCUGGAGCACCAGCUGGUGAGGAAGUACUUCUGGUGGUUUCUUCAGUUGACAUGCAAGAGCCCUGCUCGGCAAAUGUUAUGGAGACAAUCAGAGAGGCUCCCCAGACAUCAGAGAUUGUACAAUCAGAAAACACAUGUGUUGAAAAGCCUCAGAAACUCUCAUCUGAUGCUAAUAUAAAUGAUAACCAGUUAGAUCAUUUGAAUGGCACUUCAAGCCAUGAAUUUCCAGAGCCUGAAAAAAUGCUACUAGCCCCACCUGGCGAUGACAAUAUGUCGAAUGAUUUAGGACAACUUACUUCUGAAAAAGGUGCUGCGGAUGAAGAAAGUGUUGACAGGAUCAAGAGUCUUAGUCGAAAAAAACGUCAUCUGACAGAGAGCAUAUCAGGUCCACAAAAUGGAAGUUCAGCCAAAUUGCCUGGCAGACCCCGGGGGAGAAGGAUCACAGAACAUAUUCCUGAGGAUGAUGAUUUAUUGGCCUCCAUUUUAGUUGGAAGAGUUGCAAGCAUUAAAACACAACCUACUCCCCAUAAAGUGAGCUCUUUCAAGCGUCCCCGGUUGAAUCCCAAGGCUGGUGUACCCAAGAGGAAGGUCCUGAUUGAUGAUACCAUGGUUUUACAUGCUGAUGCAAUUCGCCAACAAUUAAUAAACACAGAAGACAUACGGCGCAUCCGAAAGAAGGCUCCUUGCACACGUGCAGAAAUUUGGAUGAUUCAGAGUUGUUCUGAGGAACUUGAAAUUUUUGAGGAAUCUAUAUUUACAGGUAUAUCAGCGGAGUUGCAUGGUUUACACAACCGAACAUAUAUGUCAAAUGAGCAAGAUUCUCAGUAUGAUAGGGACCAAUUUGUAGAAUCAUCUAAAGAACCUACCUUAUUAAGGAGUUCAAAGAUUGUUGAGGAGAUAUGUCUGGAAGACAUAGGUGAACAAAUUGUCUUGUCAGAAAAGGUUGAUGGUGAAACCGAUGGUCCUUCUAGCUCAUGGGUAAAUACCAAUUCUCAGGAUAUGGUAAAAUCACCAGCUGAUCUGUCUCCACCAGAACCGUCAAAUGGUAGUCAUCCUAUAGAAUUGGAUGACAGGUGUCCUUGUGAUGUGCCUACUGGUUCUGCUCCAAAUUUUGGUAAUGGGAGUGAGGUCUCCACUGACCACAGAGCUGAAGCAACUGUAGCACAUGAAAAUCAUGAAAAAGAUGAAUCUGAUGUUAAAAGUGAUGAUGUGCUUGUGCACUCAGAACAACAGUUGGCACAUGAGUCAGCUCUGCCAUCCAAUGAGCUCAAGGAUAUGAAUGAUGAUGAUAUGAUGGUCCUGGAUGAAAAUGUAUGCGCUUCUAAUGGCGUAACAAAUAUUAUUGAUAGUAAGAGUGAGAAGAUAGUAGAUGCAGUUUGCCAUCAAGAUGACACAUCUGAUAUGGGCCAGGUUGAAAAUAACCCAACAUUACUUUCCAUGGAUUCACUUGAAGUUGAGAAAUGCUUGCACACAGACACCUCAUUCAUCAAUGGUGAAGGUCAACUUUUUAGCCCAGAUGUUACCAUGGGAAUUGUUGAACCGAGUUCAGUUAAUAUUAUAGAAUACCAACAUAUGGAAAAAGGUAAAGAGGACUGCUUGGAGAUUUCUGUGGAUGGUGAGGCCUUUGGUGAGCAGUUCCUCCAUGCUGAGGAAGAUCCUUUUCGGCCUAACACAGAAACUGAAAAUAUUCCAUCAACAGCAGGAGAGGGUUCUGGCUUGCCGGAAUUUAACCCAGAAGGCGGCAUGAAUGGCGAGAACAUUCCAGGGGAUUUUGCUGAACUGCCGUUAUCUAGUGACUUCUGGAGUGCAGCAAAUGGAAAUGAAACAGAUUUCCUGAAUGUAGAUGAUGAAGAAGAGUAUUACGAAGCAGAUGAUGACCAGCAAAAUCCUAGGGAGGCCCAAUCACAGGAGAACAGCGGAUGGUCUUCUCGCACUAGGGGUGUUGCAAGGUAUUUGAAAACUUUGUUUGAUGAUGAGCUUGGGCAAGGGAGGGAAAUGGUCACCAUGGACCGCCUUUUAGUUGGGAAAACACGCAAAGAAGCUUCACGGAUGUUUUUUGAGACUUUGGUUUUAAAAACAAAGGACUACAUCCAGGUUGAACAGGAGAAACCUUUGGAUUAUAUCAAGAUCAAGCCAAGAGCAAAGCUCUUGAAAUCAGACUUUUGAUUGCCCCAAAUCACAAAGUUCAUAUAUGACCUUUUGAUUCUAUGAUGUCGACGACUUGCUGAACCUUAAAAUGGUGUUAAUCUAAUCCUUACCAAAAGCUUGCCCUUCUGUUUUUGUGAUUUUUGCACUUCCUGGAGGGCUUCAUGGUACUGCAAAUAAUUUUAUACCAAUUGUCUCAUCUUUGUAUAUAUGUGUUGUACCUUUUGUAGUAAGAUUGAUCAUUGUAGUCUUUGUUGUUUAUUAGGUUUCAGUGUAAAGUUUGUUUAUGGAGUUUCAUGUACUUUCUUACACAAAAAAGAGCUUUUUUAUGUUUUUUUAA